AUGCUGCCCUCAUGCAGUUCGCCCAGAAUCUUGCCACUUUUUCAAAUUCGCUGCAAAACCACAACGAAAAAACCAUCGAGUUGUUGGAAAUGCGAGAAAAUCGUGAAUGAUCCGAUUAUUUGUCAGAAGUGUAAUGUGAUUCAGCCGGUUGAGAAGAGUCAGGAUUUUUUCAAUUAUAUGGGAGUCGAAUUUAAAUUUGAUAUUGAUCAGGAGGAUUUGAAGAAGAGGUGGGUUUUGAGUUAUGACGUGGCAAGGCUUGAAAAUUUUCGAAAUUUUUUUUGUACAGUUGUUCACGCCGAGUGAGAAAGAUCCAGUUUUCGCUCAGCGACCUUCUGAAGAGCCAAAAGUUGAGGAUUUUUGAAAUUUCGUGGUUUUGAGAGCCCAUAACUCAUGUUAGAGAUGAUUUUUAUGGAAAACUGAAUGCAUCACGUUGUUCAGCAGGGUCGAUUUACCAAACUCAAGAGCUGAAAAAAAAAUUGUGAGCCACAAACUUUUUUCUGAAAAAGUAAAAACAAACUUUGUUAAAUCGACCCUCCUGAACAUCGCCAUGUAUUCAGUUUCUCAUAAAAAUCAUCUCUAAGAUGAGUUAUGGGCUCUCAAAACCGCGAAAUAUCAAAAAUUCUCAACUUUUGGCUCUUUAGAGAGUUGCUUAGCAAAAACUGGAUCUUUCUCAUCGUGAAAAAAUGUGCAGAAACAUGGGUGUCUCAUUGAAAAUCUCCGGAAUUCCUCGAGAAGUACACACAAUUAAAUUAUGUGUGCGGUAGAGCAAAUUUGAUUGUCUCUAUGUGUUAUUAUCGAAAAUCUCAUCGGUACCACGCGCUCCACCGAAAUGAACACGCAACGCAGACCGCGUCGCGCCACAACACACACAAAAAAGGGAGGGAAUUUGAAUCGUACCCUUAUUUGUGUGUGUUGUGGCGCGACGCGGUCUGCGUUGCGUGUUUAUUUCGAUGGAGCGCGAUGAGAUUUUCUCUGUGAAACACGGUGUUUAGAAUUUUUUGAAAAGUGGAACCUUUCAUUUUGAUUUAGCACAAGUUCCCUUGAACCCCAUUUCUUCCAGAUUCCGCCAACUUCAAACCAAACUGCAUCCCGACAAAUUCAUGCAAGCCACCGACGAGGAAAAACAACUAUCCGAACAACAUUCGCGUCGACUCAACGACGCCUAUAAAAUGCUGUCAGAUCCAUUCGCAAGAGCCAAAUAUUUGAUGAAACAGGAGGAAUUUGAUGCGGAAGCGGAAGCGGAAAGUCACGCGGAAACUGAACCGGAAAUUCUCAUGGAAAUGUUGGAGAGGAAUGAAAAUAUAGCCGAAAUGCAAUCGAUUGAUGAGCUGAAAAAUGAGCAAGAGAAGAUAUCGGUGGGCGGGAAAUUCAAAAUUUAAAUUUUCAAAUUUCUUUUUUUUGCAGAAUGAGAUCAACAUCGAACUCGAGAACCUCGGGAAAUUUUUCGAAUCUCGAAAAAUCGCCGAAGCUCGCUCCACAAUUGGAAGGUUGACUUAUUUAUAUUCACUGAAAAAUACUGUAAAUACCAAAUUAGGCUUUAAUUAAUUAAUUGAUUUUUUAAAAAAAUAAAUAUAGAUUUCUAAAAAAGUUUUUUGGAAUAUUCAGCUUGUUUCACGCGAGAAAAAAUAUUUUUUUGAAUUUUUUGGGAAAAUUUAAAUUUUAAAAGUUAAGGUUGGAAAUGGAAGAAUCAGCUGCAGGAACUUCGAAAAUCAGGGAAAAGGUUGUAAAAAUUACAGUGGUCAAUGGGAAUUUUUAUGUGGAAAAAGAUGGUGAGAUUUUUAUUUUUGGAAUGAAAUUUGAGUUUAUUUUUGAAAGGUCACGCAGAAAUUUAAAUUUCACGUGAUUUUUUCGAAAUUUUUUUUUAAAAUGAAAUUUGAGUUUAUUUUUUGAAAGGUCACGUUGAAAUUUAAAUUUCACGUGAUUUUUUUAGAGUUUUUUUUUUCGAAAUGAAAAUUUAGGGUUUUUUGAAAGGUCACGCAGAAAUUUUUAAAAAUUUCACGUAAUUUUUUAGAAAUUUUUUUUCGGAAUGAAAUUUGAGUUUAUUUUUGAAAGUUCACGCAGAAAUUUAAAUUUCACGUGAUUUUUUUUAGAAUUUCUUUUUUUUGAAAUAAAAUGUUUAGGUUUUUUGAAAGGUCACGCAGAAAUUGAAAUUUCACGUAAUUUUUUUAGAAUUUUCUUUUCAUCCAGUAUUUGAUUUUCAGAGUUUUUACCUGUUUUUGGCUCAAAAUUCACGCAUUUGAAUUUUUUUAAAACCUGAGCAUUUUUUUGCAAAAAAUGUCACAAAAAAUACAAAUUUCCCCAUUUUCAGACCUUGAAUUCCUCGAAAAAACGGCUCGAGUUUGUGUAAAUCGCACCAAUAUCUCCGAAUCGAAUUGGAAAUACAAUUCGAAUCUUUUCAAACUUCUCCCACCCACAAUUUUAUUUCUCCACGAAUUCGGUUUCAUUGAAUUGUACAACACCGAAAAUCAACGUAUUCCCAUUGAAAUGAUCGAUUUUCCCGACACUCCACAAUUUCGAACUCAACGAUUGGUGGCUCGUGAUUUGUGGCGACGUGGAAUGUAUAUUAGUGAUGGUGCGAGAUUUGGCGGACAUUUUUUGGUUUAUAGAAAUUCGCCGAAUCAAUGUCAUGCGGAUUUUGUUGUGCUUUGUCAACAUGGUGGGUUUUCUUUGGGAAAAUGGAAAAUUGAGGAUUUAGUUUGAUAUGCAGGGUACAGUAACCUUGAACAUUGUUUUAAAUUUUGAAUUUUUGAUCCAUUUUUUAUAUGUGGGACAGUAAUCUGGAUAAUUGGAAAAAUACGAUACAAUUUAAAAAAUUUAAUUUUUGAAAUUAAAAUAAAAAUUUUUUGGACACUAUCAAUUUUUCCGGGUUACUGUACCCUAAAGAUCAUAAUCUCUAGGCGCGGCUACUUAAGAACUAGGGUCUCUAGGCGCGACUGUUUGACAGCUAGCAUUCCUAGGCGCGGCUCCUUGUCAGAGUGUAGCUCUCGAUGCGAGUCCUAGACAAACAGGUUCUCUAGGCGCGGCUACUUGACAACUAGGUUUUCGACGCGGGGUGUCUUGACACCUAGGAUUCAUAGGCUCGGCUCCUUGUCAGAGUGUAUCUCUCGACGCGAGUCCUAGACAAUUAGGGUCUCUAGGCGCGGCUGCUUGACAACUAUGUUCUCUAGGCGCGGUCACUUGCCCUGGAAGCCCCCAAGACGACCCGAAAAUUCCAGCCAAAACAUCGGACGAACUCCAAACCACAUCCGCCAUGCGAGUCUGCAACCAAGUCAAAAAAUCGCUUCUCAUCGCCAAAACUCUCCAAAACACCGUGCCACAUUAUACCAAAUGUCUCUGGUUUCGACCAGAACAUUUGUGA